AUGUCUGAUGCAGGUCGUAGUCCAGGACGUGCAGCAAGAGCUGGUUCUGGAGGAGCUACACUGCGGCAAAGACGUGGUGGUCCUUCUGCAGGUUCAGGGCGUUCAGCACGGAGUGGCGUGAGUAGUGGUGGUUUAUGGCGUUUUUAUACAGAAGACGCGACAGGCCUGAAAAUAGGACCAGUCCCAGUACUCGUCAUGAGUCUUGUUUUCAUAGCUUCUGUUUUCAUACUACAUAUCUGGGGCAAAUACACCCGCUCACAUCACUAA